UUACCUAAUCAAGGGGAGGAUCCCCUGAAGAGCAUCAAUAAGAAGCGAAACCACCCUCUUGCUUAAAACUCUUACUCUCAGUUUGACAAACUCACAAGACCUUGACGUAGUCUUUCAGACCAAGGAGAGGGAGGAACAAAAGAAAAACAAUGGUUGUAUUACCAGUUUUGUUCCUGUUGGGUUCGCUGUUUCUCUGUGGUCAUGGGGACACCCACUCCACCAACAUUGAAGUGCUGAAAAUGGCUGCACUCAAAUGGGAAGGACCGCUGGAGUGUACCAAGUGGGACUGCAAUUGUACCUUCUAUCGCCAGCGCGGCUGCUGCUGUGCAGCCAAUGAAAUGUUCGAUUUGGAAGAGCAAACCUUCACUAGGAUUUCAGAGUUGUGGAUGAAUAUUGCCAAACUGAAAUACAGAGUACACGCGCUCACAGAAUACAGCCAGAUUGCCUUCACAGCCAGCAUGGAGGACAACGUUCUUGAUCCCAAUACUCUGUGCUUUGGUCCUUUCAAUUAUAAAGUGACAGUCCCCUACUUCAACAUCACUCUUAACGAUGGCAAUGGAUAUAAACCGUCCAUGGGUGUCUUCACCGCACCUUGUGAUGGCGUUUUUGUCUUUUCCAUGACAGUCUACUCAUCUGUGCAGGAAGAUGGGAGCCUCUACCACAAAGUCCAGCUGAUAAAGAACGGGGAAGCGGUGGUCGGUGUCUGGGAGCAAAAUCGAGAAGAUUAUGAAGACAAUGCCAAUCAGGUGGUGGUUCUGGAAAUGCAGAGAGGCGAUCAGGUCUACGUUGAGCUGAUGGCCGGGAGGAAGCUCUGUACAUCCAGUAAAACACCACACUCAAUAAAGAACAAUAUCUUUACUGGUUACGUACUGUACCCCCACACCUACGAUGAUCAUGAUGACGAUGAUUAUUAAACUUUCACAAUUUAUCCGCGCUCAACUGAGAUCCUGAUUCAUGAAAACAAACUAGUGUUCUUUGCCACAUGUUGACCCACCAGAAGUAGGUUUGUGACCCAUCGUGGGACGAGCCCCCCGUCGUUUAACCAUUGUACAGAGAGUACAUAGUACUACGUAGUUACAUAGUUUAACCACGGUAGAGAUAAACAAGAUAAGUCGUACACACAUAGACUGGUGCAUGUGUAUGCAGGCAUUUAUGAUCAGUCACAAAGAGGCGCACGCCUAUAUUUUUGCAUUUGCAAGUUUGGAAUCAUUCUAAAAUAUAUGAGAAUGCAUGUGAAUAAACUACCUGCAACUAACUGCAA